CAAGAAAUCUACAACCUGCACUCAGUGUGGAAAGAGUUUCUCAAAGAAACAACAUCUUGAUUGUCACAUGAGAGUUCACACAGGAGAGAAGCCGUUCACAUGUGAUCGAUGUGGGAAGAGUUUCAAACAAAAAGUACAUCUUAAUGGUCACAUGAAAGUUCACACAGGAGAGAAGCCACACACAUGUGAUCAAUGUGGGAAGAGUUUCAGUCGUUCAUCACACCUUAAAGGACACAUGAUGAUCCACACUGGAGAGAAGCCGUUCACAUGUGAUCAAUGUGGGAAGAGUUUCAGUCAUUCAUCACACCUUAAAGAACACAUGAAGAUCCACACUGGAGUGAGACCGUUCACAUGUGAUCAAUGCGGCAAAACAUUUCUUCUGGAAAAAGCUCUGAAGAACCACCUGAGAGUUCAUACAAAGGAGAAGCCACAUUCAUGUUCUGUGUGUGGAAAGAGUUUUUCACAGUUGCAAUAUUUAUAUCAACAUGAGAAAAAACACACUGGUGUGAGAGAGUACAUGUGCUUUGAGUGUGAGAAGACUUUUACUAAAGCAAACCAUUUAAAACGGCACCAGAAAAUUCACACUGGAGAAAAACCUUACAAGUGUUCACACUGUGACAAGACAUUCAGUGAUUCAUCACAUCUGAAAGCACAUGAGAGGAUCCACAAGAUAUUUUAAAAUGAUAAAUAAAUGUAUAAUUAAUAUUGAUAAAUAUUAAUAAAAGUUUGUCACCGGAAACAUUAAAUUGAUUUGUGAUGCUGUUUAUUUUUUAAAGAUUUUAUGAUAAUUGCAUCUAAUUACAUUAUUGCUAUUAAUGUUGUUAUUAGAAAAACAAACUAUUUGUAUGAACAUUAGGCUGCUGUAGUUAUUCAUCUCAUGGCUGAUGCCAUUAGUGUUUGUUUUUGUGUUAUUAGUGUUUUAUCUAUGUCAUAUUGUGAAAUAACAGUAUUGUCUUUCACUAGAGCAGUUUAUAGUCUUUUCUCAUAUAUUCUGACUCCAAUAAUCAGUUUCUAUCAG